CAACAAUAUUCAAGUAUUUUGAAAAUGGCAACUAAUUGCAAUGGAAAUGGAGCUCCAUUUUUUUCUCCCAAGUUGCAAGUUGAAGCAAUUCAAACUGUGAUACCAAUGAAGAUAACCGAUCCACGAUUCUCGAGGCGAAUCACGAUACCUGAAAAUUUCGACUUAGGUAAUUUGCAAAGGCGUUUUCACAUGAUUCUGUAUUAUAACAAGGCAUCAGAAACAGAUUCAGGAUGGAUAGUCGCUGGUUGGUUUAAGGAGUCAUUGGGUAGUGCAAUAGUUGAAAAUCCAAUAUUUGCUGGAAGAUUAAGAAAAUUAGAGGAUGAUUAUGAAUUAGUUUCAAAUGAUUCUGGUGUUAGAAUGCUUGAAGCUAAUUUUCCAAUGAAUAUGGUUGAUUUUAUUGAUCACAAGAAGAAUGAAAAUAUAGAAAAUGAACUUGUUUAUUGGGAAGAUAUUCAUGGAACAAGUCCUCAAUUUUCUCCCCUUUUCUUAAUCCAGGUUACAAAUUUCAAGUGCGGAGGAUACUCAAUUGGAAUAAGUUGUAGUCUAUUUCUAGCAGACCCUUUUGCCAUGACAAGUUUUUUAAAAUCUUGGUCCAAAAUCCACAACAACCUUGUCUCACAAAUUGACUCACCAAAAAUACCAGCAUUUUACACACCAAAUUUCACAAAAAUUGGUUCUUCACCAACUCUAUCUACUACUAGUCCAAAAACAAAAAAUCAACUCACAAAUACUUUAAUUUUCAAGUAUCCCAAAACCCCUUUGAAAAUGAACAACAAUGAAUUCAUCAAGAAUCUUGCAUCAAAAUGUAUUGGAGAAAUAGAGGAAAAAAUUGGUAAAAAUAUUUCUUCAAAUUUCACUUUUUUAGUGAAAGAGAAUUUUGAAAGUAUUAAGGUGGAAAAUUGUUCAAAAGAGGAGAUAAUUAAGGAGGAGAAAAGUGGAUUAUUAUCUAUAAUUUCAACAAAUUGGGAUGAUUUGGGAGCUAAUAAAGUAAGAUUUAUUGAAGGACAUGAGGCUAUUCAUAUUUCAUGUUGGAUUAUUAAUGGAGAAAAUAAUCAAGAUCUUGUGAUGAUUAGUUCAACUAAUGAUGAAGACAACUCUGAACUAAACAUUAUAAUUACAAUCUCUAAUUAGAUUCUUGAAAAUUAAGGUCGAUGAAAAAUUUAAAUUGUAUUGAUUUUUUUAAUAUGGUGCGAUUCUUUUCUGAAUCUCGUAUGGAACUCUUUUUUUUAA